CCUUUGGUUUUCGCGCAAACGAUCUAUUAAUAGAUGUAGGUUGAGUGGAGCGUUAAACUUUCUGCCGCUCGACUAGUAUAUUUUAGUUGAUUGGUUCUAUUUGAAAGAUUAGCCCGUGUGCAAGGCAUUUAGGAUGGAUUUUAAAAUGCACGAAUAUACUCACGCCGUGGUAGGGCGAGUGACGCCGGCACUGCGCGCCACAGACCGUGCCGACUUGAAUGAUGCUCGGCGCCAACACGAAUGCUACGUGCGUCUUCUUAGCGAGCUGAAUGUGGAUGUGAAAGAAAUCGACCUACCGGAAUCCUUCCCGCAUAAUGUGUUAAUUGAAGAUGUGGCUGUAGUUUGCCAUGGAAUAGCUUUAAUGCCAAAAGGACUGAACACUGCUGAGCAAGUAAAAGCAAAGGCGGUGAGACGAGUCCUGGAGAAAGAACUGAAUCACACAAUCAUCGAGCUGACAGACCCCGAAGCUAGGAUUGUUGGCUCAGAUGUACUCUUCACAGGUCGUGAAUUCUUCGUGGGCAUUACAGAGGCCAGCAACGAGGCGGGCGCCCUCGCCGUAGCAGAGGCUUUCCCGGAGUUUCCCUGUACCCCGAUUAAGGUAACAAAGGGAGCGCAUCACCUGAAAAAGUACGUGACUGUGGCCGGCCCCGACAUACUCUGCGUCGGUAAUAGCAAGGAGGCAAAAGAGCUCCUAAAGCGAAUGGAAAGAGAGGCCAAUUUCGCUUAUCAAACCCUGACAGUGCCUGAGGACGAUGCCGCUAAUUGCCUCUACGUAAAUGGUACGCUCAUUCAUAGGGCAAUUGAAGAAAUUCCCGAGUCUUUCAAGGUAUUUUGCGAAAGAAUUGACUUCGCACGGCGAUCCAUCUGCUUCUCCGAACUGGCCAAAAUCUCCACCGGACUCAGCUCCUGCAGCUUGCUAGUGAGGAAAAUAUAAUCGGCACCAGCACUGUUACAAGUAAUUUAAAACCAUUUUACCUGAGCAGAGCCGGAGUACAUCGUGCA